AUAAUAAUAAUACCAUUACUACUGAUAAUUAAAUAAUCCCUUAUCUUUACGUACAUUACAGUAACAUUUAAUCAGCCUGUAAGUGUUCAUAUAAUACUAGUAGUACUACAUUCGCCUUCCAUACAUUUAUACAUUCUCUAUAAUACUUCUUUACAUCCCUAUAGACCAUAUGUUUCGGACCGCUCAGUCUUUGUCUAGCUGUCUAUGUAUCAAUGGCUAUUUUCGUGUGUAAAGAUCCAUCUACUACCACUACCACUACUACUACUACUACUACUACUACUACUACUACUACUACUACAAUUAUUGCUACUUCUACUACUACCACUACUACAAAUAUCAUCAGCCUGUUUGUUCACUCAACUCUCCUGUCAGCAUUUCCACUGUCACCGUUUGGAUAUUUGUCCCUUGAAUUAGUAAUUGACUUAUUCUCUCUCUCUCUCUCUCUCUCUCUCUCUCUCUCUCUCUCUCUCUCUCUCUCUCUCUCUCUCUCUCUCUCUCUCUCUCUAUCUAUCUAUCUAUCUAUCUAUCUAUCUCUAGCCUCUUAUUCCUUCUUCAUCUUAAAAUGGAUUUAUUUUUCAAUCUGUACCUUUUUUUUUAUUUUUCCCGCCCUUCACUCCCUCCUAUAUGGUUCACCAACUACUACCACCACCACCACCACCACCACCACCACCACCACCAUAGGAACUUACACAAUCGCAUGCUCAGCUUCGUCUCGAGAUGAUAUAUACAGUCAAUCCUGGUAUAGCUUUAUUCUUUCUUCUGCCACCGAAUGGAUGCAUAGGUUACAGCGCCACAAUAUAGUAGUUAUAUAUAUAGGAAUUACAGCGUCAUUUAUCCCUUCUGUUCACUUACAUUUCUUUCUUACCUUAACUAAACAAGUUCGUUUCUUAGGUUCUUAUCCUUAUACGUGGAUAAUUUACUAGCUCAGCCUAUAUUACUACUGUUACUGCUGCUGUUACUGCUACUACUACUACUACCACUACUACUAUCACUACUACUACUACUACUACUACUACUACUAUUACCCAUCUGCCACAAACUGGCAACCAUAAACCCAAGGACACUACUACAACUAUUGUUACUACUACUACUACUACUACUACUACUACUAUUACUACUACUACUACCUACCACACACUAUUUAUUCAUACCCACCUCUAUGCAAAUCCACCCACCGGAGUGAAUUAGUUGCAUCCCACCUAUGCACCCACCGCCCGAUAAUCCACAUGAGACACACACACUCAGAACGCACACACAUACACAUUUAACGUAUCCAUGACCUACCCACUGGUGAUUAAAAUCGAGUCCUAUUUCACGUACCUAUUGCAUUUGUCUUUUCUUAGCGUGUCCAGUUCCUUUUUUUCCUAAUGAUAUACAUAGUCUUCUAUACGCUAAUAGGCGCCUUAAGCCACAUCAAUGCAUGUCUUAACGGAGUUUUUUAGUCUUUACUUCUUACUAACGAGUAUAAUUAUUGUUACUACUAUUACUAUUGUUAAUUGUAAUGAUCUAUAAUGGUGCCCAAGUUAACUAAUUAAAUAAGCGGUACGUAUAUUAUAUUAUUAUAGAUAGUGUAAUGUCUUUUUUGUUUUGUUUUUUUAGAAGUUUUGACUUACUUAAGGUGAGCACAUUCCUGCCUUUCUUAUAAGUAGGGUUUUUCCAUAAAAAUGUCUUUAUUAUACAUAUUGACCUAUCUAACUAUCCAUCUAUAUAUGUGUCAAUCCUUUCAUCUAUCAAUUAAACAAACUAUCUAUCAAUUAGUCAACCAUAUCUACUGAUCUAUCAAUCAUUAUAUCUAUUUAUCUAUCAAUAUAUCAAUCAAUUUUUAGAUAUGUAUAUUAUAAUGUAAUUGAUUCAGCUUCACGCGUGUGCCAGCUUAGUACAUCUCUCUGCUUUCGUCUGUGUCACUUCAUUACGAGCAGUAGUAGUGGGGGUUGUGUCCACGUGGCUUGUUAGGGUUGGAGGGAGAGAGAGAGAAAGGGAAAAAAAGAGACAAAGAAAGAGAUAGGGAGGGAAUGUGUGAAUUACUAUUACCAUAUUAUCAUGUAAUCUAUAUAUACUGCUUUUCAUAUUAACCUUUUACUUUAUCUUGCUUUUCAUUGUUUUUUUUUUUUUUUUAUAUCUAUAAUAAUCAUACAUCCGGAUACCACAAAGCAAUUUUAUGAGUCUGCGCUGAAAUACAGUCAAGUGUUCAGUUAAGUAUAUACGUAAUGACAACUUAAGAGACAGGUGUGUGAUACGGGAAGAAAAGUUAAUCAGUGUGAUGUUGAAUGAAAAAAUGUUCCCAUUAAUUAUGUAUGAACUGUGUGCGUGUGUGUGUGUGUGUGUGUGUGUGUGUGUAUGGGUGUACUAGGUUAUGUUAUACUCUACUUGUUAUUAUUAUUACUAAAGCCACACGUGCAUUCACCAUCAGAUUACCAACAAACAACAAACACGCGGCUCGGAUCCAUUAUUUUCCCCUUACCUAUGCCUCCCAUCCCUUCACUCCCUAAUCUAUCACCUUGGAGGACUCACACGCCACAAUAACAACUGGAAACUCACUUAUAUUCUCCUUAUUUUGAACCUCACACGACAACAUCAAUAUAUAAAGUGUUCCAUACUACAUGAGUCAACUUGGAGGAUUCACACACUACUAUAAACGCACUCCCGACUUUGCACAGAAUUUUCUUGAGUAUCGUCUCCUACCAUAAGCAAAGCGGUGAUAAGAGUCCUAGUGUACUCAAUGCACGAGAGCAGCAGUUAGCCAGGUACAACAGCGCCAGGAGGACGAGCUCUCCUUGCACUACAUCCCUGCGUGCCGGGUCGUGUUGUGCGGUGGUGCGCCGUGUACCUGGCUGACUCCCCGACGCCUGACACCCGCCUAGUCAUACGAGGGUCUAGAUGUGUGUCAGCCCCGCGACUCAUUCCGUCCGGAUCACUGAGGGGCUGACGCACACUUACACCCCACUACUCUCACUUCGACUAUCAAUAAAAAACAGCGAGGAAAAAUAUAACAAAAAAAUGUCUGUCUGAGAUGGCUGGGCGCGUCUCCAUCACUUAGGUUUAAGGCAAUUGCAAAUCUACAAGCUGUGAAGAAGUUAAGGUUUAGCGGUAAUGUGUUACGGUGUCUUCAUGGCGGCAGCACUUGACUCUCAACUGUGUGUAGUGAGGCUACAGGUUCCAAGAGGCUAAGAGGGGAUCCGUCUCGUGGCACCACCAGGGGGAAAAAUUACAUCAAAUAUUUCCUAUAGAUGUAGAGGGAAAAUCUAACGAUACUAGCAAAGAAUGGUUCCAAAAUUGAGGCUAUUAUACCUAUUAACCAAUUACUAUUGAGGCUAAUAAUAGUAAAUAAUAGGACUACUUCUGGCCUGAAGGGUAUGUUUGGCUGCAAGGAGGAAAGACCGUGACGGGGAAACGAGAACAUAAUGACUGGAUGAGUCUGGGGAACAUUUUUCUUUCUGAGCUGAUGAAAAGAUAUAGACGUAAAGAAAUGAAAACCACACAAAACAUGAAAAAAGUAAAUAAUGAUGGAUAUAUCGUGAUAAUGACGAUAAUGAUGACGAUGAUGAUGAUGAUGAUGAUGAUGACAAGGGUGUUGGUGAAGAGAGUGGCAGUGGUGAAGAGCAGUGGCGUGGAGCGUGAGGUGCCCAGUACAAAACAUGCGUCAUGCGUGCGGAGUGGGCGCCAGGCAGCGGGCGGGUCCUGGAGCAGCCCACCGCCCGGAGAGGGAGCCGCCCGCUGCCUGGGACAUGCGCGUGUCACUAGUUUUAGCUUCAAGGGUAGCGUUAGGCAGACCAUAGUCCCUUAGGUGCGUAGCUGAUCAGUGCAGGAGGGGGUGCAGCGCCCCGUGCCCUGGGGGGUGGGUCCCAGACGUAGUUACCCCGGGGUUGGACUGACUCCCCUGGGUUGGCGGCGCUAGUGCUUCAUCCUUCUGGUCUUGGUUUGGUAUCUUGAUUUUCAAGAAAACUGUAUCAUUUUGUUUAUCUUCAAUUCGAACCUUCCAGUCAGCCGUAAGGCAUAGCAGAAAGAUUAUGAUAAUUCUAGUUUUAUUUUUGUUUUAUCUUAUGUUUUAUUGCUCACAACUUUAUAGAUUACUACACAUUUUUCUUCUGAUUUUAUUUCAUUGCACAAUUUGGUCACAAACUUAUUAUGCAAUUUUUCCCCUUUAGAAAAUUUAAAUAUACGAAAAUUUGCACACACACACACACACACACACACACACACACACACACACACACACACACACACACACACACACAUACACACUACAGGUUCUAGCACUUAAUUUAGGCUGCGAUGAAACACCUGGGCUGUUGAGGGACACUGAUGAUGCUGCUUAAGUACGUUUCGCAGGAUGAGAGAGAGAGAGAGAGAGAGAGAGAGAGAGAGAGAGAGAGAGAGAGAGAGAGAGAGAGAGAGAGAGAGAGAGAGAGAGAGAGAGAGAAAAUGAAAGUGAGACAUGAAGACAUAAAUGGAAAAAAAAUGAGAAAAAAAUAAAUAAAAACAGUGAGUGUGAUAGAUGUGAUGGUGUUGAGUGUACUGUAUUGUGGCGUGGUGAGGUGCGGCAGUGGUAGCAGUAGCAGUAGUAGUGGUGUCAUCUGUGAUAGUGUCGUGUUAGUGAUACUAGAAUAUGUUGCUAUGAUGCAUGGAAACGAGUGGUUUGGUGGUGAUCGCGGUGGUGUACUGCAGUGGUAGUGAAUGAUUGGUACUGAUAGUGGCAUGGUAGUGGCAGUGACGUGGUGUGUUGAGUGGUCGUGGCUGUGGCAGUGGUGUAGUGUGGUAGUGGUGUGUGGUAUGUGGUAUGGUCGUGGCAGUGGUAGUGGUACAGCUAGAGGAGUGUUGUGGUUGUAGCAGUGGUAGUGGCGUGGCCGUGACAAUAGUACAGGUGUGGCAGUGAAAGUGGUGUGGCUGUGACAGUGAGUGUUGUGGUCGUGAAAGUGGUCAAGGCAGUGACUGGGUAUGGUCGUGGCAGAGGUAGUGGUGUGGUCGUGGUGCGUGGCAGCAUGAGCGAGUGAAGGACGACCUCAUGGCGCCAGGUGGCAUCAUCAGCUGUCAAGGAGCGGGACAAGAAGGAGGAGGAGAGACAAAAUAGUUUUAAGGAGUGCAGUAAAGAGAUAGCGGGGAGGGGGAAUCAAGAGAGGAGGAGAAAGUAGAUGUGGAACGGAAAGGAAGAUAUGAGAGAGAGAGGGAGGUUAACAGAGGUGUAGGUGGUAGGGAGGGGAGGGGCAGUAGGCAUGGGAGGGAGGGUCAGGGGGAAAGGGAAGGUGUAGGUGGAAGUUAUUCUGGGCUGUGCUGUUCCUACCAGUACAAAUAUGUGAUACAUUAUUAUGUCACUCCUCUUAAGGGAACAUCUGGGCAAGGCAUGACGUCACUCGGUGCAAAUUAAACAUCAGAUACAAUGAACAAAGCAGCAAAAACACAGAAAAUUGCAAUGUAUUACAUAAUGACUUGAAAAAAAAAAUUAUGAGAGGUUGAAAAAUAUUAAUCGCAAAGUUGCAAAGUCCACAGAAACAUUCCAAGUGACGCCAUAUUUGUUUCCAAAGUCCGCGUUCGAAGGACUGACUCACUCAGACACUCCGGAGGGAAAUUCACGGGCCAAUCACAACGCUUCUUACCUUUGACGUCAUGGAAAUGGAAGCCUUUGAUUGAGCCGUGAAUGUACACCGGGGUUACCGAGACAGUCCCUCCACCACGUUCUUUGGCAGACAUUCUAUGCUUCAGAAAACAAAAAACCAUGUGAUAUCUUCAGCGUGACUCCAUUCAUAGGUUAAGGCAAGGAGGUGACCCACAUGUACAAAACUGAGUGUGUGAUAGGAAGACGCAGGAAGACGGUGGACGUGUUAAGCUUAAGAUACAAAUAACAGUUUAUCCCUCUACUAGAAACUAACACACGUAAAAUAAAAUAAGUAAUGACACACAAUACCUAUCAGCUAUCACAAAAUCAAUUGGAAUUAAUGCAUUCGUAAAGGCAAAUGUAUCUUCUAAAACUAACAUGGGAUAAUAGGUUAUUUCUACUCAUUAGACAAACCUGUUAAUAUUAAAACAAUUACUCUUAGCUCUGUAGGUUAGCUCUAACAUUAGCUAUGGAUAAUGGGAGAGGGAGAGAAUCAAGAUAUAUAGAUGUACAGAAAGUAACAGACUCGAAGGAUGGCGAAAAAUUUGACAGAAAAGAGAGCAUGUGAGAAAAUUAGAUAAACUAUUGAUGAGUUGAAAGGGAACAUAAGAAAAAAGUUUUGAUCAGAUAAUCAAAUAAAAAUGUGAAUAUUAUCAGAAACAUGAGAAGAACGCUGCAGGUUAGCACAAAAAAUAAAGAUGAUUGAAACAAUGGAUGACUGAAGGAGAGUUGAGAAUAAAAGCAAAAGAAGUAGGAGAUAAAAAAUAGUCAUUAUCAUCAUCAUUCUCGUCUCGGUAGUUAUCGUGAUGAUAUGGGACUAGUGGUUGGUGAUCCAGAUGGACUCAAUAUAAAAAAAAAAAAAAAAAAGGAGAGAGGAGGAAAAGUAGAGAAAAAAUAGAAUAUUAAAGAAAAAGGGAAAAGCUCAAACAGUAAAAGAGAAGAAAAAGAAAGAAAGAAAAGCAGAAAACUUCAAAUAGUAAAAGAGAAGACAGAAAGAAGGAAAAGAAAAUUAACCAUCACAAACAGAAAGCAUCAUAUAAAUAGAACCCAGCUAUAAUAAUAAUAAUAAUAAUAAUAAUAAUGAAAAGGACGACAAUGGCCACAACAAAAAAAAAAAAAAAAAAAAAAAAAAAACAAGCGAAAGAAAGAAAGGUCACAAACAAAGGGGAAUCAGGCCAAGGAGAUGAGGCAACAAAUCAUGACAGAGCAGUGAGCCACGACGCGGGUCACCCUCCUCACACAGAGGCUAACAGACCCGCUGGCGUGAUGGAGCGAGGCACACCCACCACUUCCACACUCCCUUCACCGACCCCCAACCAACCCACACCCCACACCCCACAUCCCACCACACACAGACCUUCCUCUCACCCCCUCCCACUUUAAACCACACAUGAACCUUCUCUUUGUCUCCUUGAAAAGAACACUGGACUUGCAAUAACAUCAAUAUCAACCAACAAUAACAACCUUUACCACAGCCAUGGCGAUGCUGUUAAAAAGUAAAUAACAUGUUUGGCCAAAUCAAAACAAAACUAACAGCCAAACACACAGACACUAAACACCGCAUCCUCUACAUUCUUGUCAUUCGCUGCAAGUACAAUCAAGUUCAGAAGUCGUGUACCAUAACACUCUCACCUCCACUGUACGAGUAUCUUUCCAAUCAAUUUUAAGCCCACUGAUCUGCUAAGAGUGUAGAGAUUGUCAAGUUUUGUUAGGAGACUGUCAGCAGAUCAGAGAACUUAAAAUUACAUGAAAACCCAAAACACAGCGGAAGUGAGAGGAAAAGGUUACACGAUUUAUGACUCUGACUGUACAUUCAUACAUAAUAGAAAGGAAGAAAGGGAUGGUGAAGGGAGUGUGCGAGGAAGGUCUGCCGAGCUUAUCCCUUCCAUGGGUCUAUUAUGAGGCAUACUUUUUAUAACCCCAAGGAGUUGAGAGUCACGUGAUGCCCCAAUGAAGGAGUAUAGAUGAUUAAGUCGAGUUUUAAGGAUGUUUAAAUUUAGGAGAGGAAAAAUAAUGAAGUACUGAGAGAAAAUGUGAAGAUAUGACGAAAGAGAGAGAGAGAGAGAGAGAGAGAGAGAGAGAGAGAGAGAGAGAGAGAGAGAGAGAGAGAGAGAGAGAGAGAGAGAGAGAGAGAGAGAGAGAGGAAAAAAAUGUAAAAGUAAAAAAAAAAGACCUACAACGUCAAAAUGUUAUGAAUUGACAGUGUAAAGAAACAUCGGGAAAAGAAUACGAGAUAAAGAGGGGAUGAAUACGAGCGUACAUAAGGGAAAAAAAGUUGGGUGUGGGAGGGAAAUAUUAAACGGGCAAAUGAAGGAAACAACACAAACAAAAAUGAGGGGAAGGAAAGGGAAAAUCGGGAUGAAGAGGGUGAAAAUCCAGAUGCAUACGAGCAAAAAAACUAUAAAGAAAAAUAACAAGGAAAAAAUAUUGAACGUUUGUAAGGGAUAGGUAUUCAUGAAAGGAAGAAAAUAUCGAGGAUUUAAAGUUUUGAGAAAGAAUGAGAAAUAGAAGAGAAAGGAAAUAGUUUAACUUUUGAUAGAAAAUUAAUUAGUAACGCAAAGGAAAAUUUCGGAUGAGUAAUAACAAAUGUAGGAAAGGCAGGAAGGAAAGCGACAACUAAUAUAAGAGAAAAGACUUAAAGUGAAAAAAAAAGAUAGAUAUAAAAGAUAGGAAAGACCAGAAUGAACAGACAACUUGAUAAUAAAAAAAAAAAUAGGAAAGAUUUGAAUGACGGCUUAAGAAGAUAAAAAAACACUUGAAUGAAAAGAAAGCUGAUAAGAAAGACGACGAAAAAGAACAGUUAGUUAGGACUGGGAUGAAAAACAAAAGUAAAAACUCACACAAAAAAAAGAUGAAAGUGAAAUAGCAAUACAAAGAUGAAUGGCUGACACAGGAAGAAGAUUCAAUAAGCUAGAUAGGUUAAUGAUGUGACCAAUAUCUGUAAUAAUACUGUCUUUUAAGAAUUACUAGUAUUUACUACUAUACACUUCCUGUUAAAAUCAUUACUGUUAAGACCAUAAUUACUGUUAACGUAAGAAGAGGUUGUGAACACCAGUGGAUAUUGUAAGCACACACACACACACACACACACACACACACACACACACACACACACACAGCACGAAUGAAGAACAGAACAUCACCACCACAUCAAAGUUUACAUGCAAGUGAUAUAUGAACGUUCUUAAGGAAAUAGAGAAGAAAAAUGGAGAGAAAAUACCGCAAAAAAAUACAUAAAAAGUCUAUUCUAUAAGUAACACACGCCAUCACGAGUCUUGCCCCGCGGCGCGCCACAGCAACGCACCACAACACCACACACUUUGACUAUCACCACGUCCCAGUACUUUGUCUGCAACCAACACACUGAUAUGACAAUCUAACUGAACAGAACUCUCGCAAAUACCCAACUCAGUGAACUAUACUCUUUUCUUUUCCUCUUUUUUUUUUUUUACUUUUACUCGUUUGCUUCCUUUCCUUGAUCAAAUACAUCCCUUUUUCUCUUUUUUUUCUUUAUUUGACUAACUUUUUUUCUACUAUCUUUUGUGUCUAAAAAUAACAAUCAUAAUAUGGAUUACACUUACCAUACAUAUUUUUUUCUUAUGUCUGACUAGUUUUCUUCCAGCAGACGUAGUAAUCCCACAUUCUUUCCUUUCGUUCACUUCUCUCUCUAACUACUCCCUCGACAUGUCUCACUCAGUCUUCCCUGUUCUUACCUCCUCCUCAUCUCUCGCACGGAUCUGACCACAACCACAACCACCACCACCAACCACCACCACUACCAACAGCACCACCACCAAUACCACCAUCACCACCACCACACAUCUUGUCUCAGACCAUAAACCGAUGAAAACAAAGAUACCAGAACUUAAAAGCCAGCCAGUUGAAAAUCUAAAUGAAUUCCUUCAGUCCUUUCCUUUGACCUACACGAAUGGCAGUGCUUUCUUUUGCCUGAAGAGCAAUGAACAGUUAAAUAAUCAAGGAAAAGACUAAAAAAAAAAAGUAUUCCCUUAAUAGUAAAAAAACACCUGAAAAGCUCCAUGGCAGGUGAAAACUAGUUAGAGAUUCAGUGAAGAAGGAGGAGGAGGAGGAACAGGAGGAGGAGGAGGAAGAUAUGGAGAAGGAGAAUAGGGAAGAACAUUACGCACACGAUUGAUAAUAUUUACGCAGGUGUGAUCAUUGUCUUCGUCCUUAUCAAGCAAAUAGGUAAAGAAAAAAUAAGGCAAAGGUAAAACAGACAAAUAGGAAUGAUUAAGGUAGACAGGUGUUAACAUCAUGUAGCGUGGCUAAAUACGGGAACAGGUGCUUCUUGGAGUCAGGUUUGUGGGUAGACAGGUGGAUAACUGGACAGAAAUGCGAUGGACGACUGGGCAGGCAGCAGGAAGGCGGGGCUGGGUGGGAGGGAGGGCGGGAGGGAAGACAGACAGGUGGGAGGGAGAGAACAAGGCGGGAGGUGGUUCCAUGUUACGCUCAGAGACUUAAGAAGUUGCAUACAGGCGAGUAGGAAGCUCAAGAACUAGAAAUCAACAACAGCAGAGGGAGUGUAGAAGGGGAGAAAAGGCGUAAAUAGUCGUAAGUAGUACAGGAGGGAUAGACAGGCCUUAAGACGGAGCGGGCAGGUGAGGGGCAGCAGGUAGGGAGGACUGAUGGUGCUAAUUAGUACUCAGGUAUGCCCGACACAACACCGCUAUGGAGCUUUGUCAGUUAUCAAGAACCGUGCCUUGCCCCUCGCUGUCUGGCGGCCGCGUGGCUAGACUUUCUCCCCUCACACGCACACGCACAUACACACCCACCCACCUACCAACCCACACACACACACACACACACAUACACACACACACACACACAUACACACACACACACACACACACACACACACACACACACACACACACAUACACACAGGGACACGCACAAAAACUCAGCUAAGUGUUUUAUUAAGUGUUUAGGUAAGGAGUUUUAGCUGUAAGGAUUCUGAGGGCGGCUGGGGUAGGAGAGGUGAACACACCGAACACAUGUGAACCAAAAAAGCCACUUACCAAAAAGGAAUUAUAUAUAGAGAAAACACCGUAUGAUUAUACGAGUAAAUAAAAACAUAAAACAUAAUUAGAAGAAAAACGAUAGAAAAGUCACCGAUAGAGAUACCAAAAAGAACACAUAUAUCCCCCGAAAAUGCGCCUGAUUAACGAAGAAUCCAAGAUGUAAAGAAAAAAAAAAAGAAUGAAAAUUGAUACACAGAAAAGAAGCGAUCUGUUACUCUUACAGAAUUAAUAUAAAACAUAUAAAGGAGAUCUGCUCGGCUCUUCUACUCCGCCAGUGAUAAUCAAUAACCAGCUUUUCAUCCUCUCUCAUGUAGCUGUUGGGUGGAGUGAACCACAGCUCCGCCCAACAGAGUAUCAACAAGGGAGGAGGAGGGAAAGCAGCAAAACCUAAGGUGUAAGAUUAGCUCCUAAGUCCUUAAACAUUAAGAAAAUCGUUAAGACUAGCUCGUAAGUUAAUCUAUGGUCCUGAAGCAAGUUUAACUCCUAAGUGGGCAACUUUGGUCGUAAUUUAGUUCGUAAGUUAGGUUUAAGGUCCCCAACUUAGGCUCUGUAGUCGAUAGACGCGUACCUCUCAGUCUACGUUAAGCUAAGUCAACAUGAGUUUGUGAAUAAGACCAGUGCUAGAAGUUAGUUCAGCUGACGUGGCCACCUCGGCGCCACCCCGAGGACCCGCCGCCCGCCGCCCUCACAUCGCCACUGCGAGGACGGCGGGCGUGCGUGCGUGUGCCUGCCUGUGUGUGUGUGUGUGUGUGUGUGUGUGUGUGUGUGUGUGUGUGUGUGUGUGUGUGUGUGUGUGCGUGCGUGCGUGCGUGCGUGCGUGCGUGCGUGCGUGUGUGCGUGUGCGUGCGUGUGCGUGUGCAUGUGCGUGUGUGUGCAAGCGUGUGUGUGUCUCCCUGGGGUGAGCCUCGAGGUGCAGCAAGCAAACGAAAACGCACAUUACGACGCGCAACAAGUUAAGUUUAGCGUCCUCGCACAAAUUUUCCUGACUGGUAGUAGGUGACGGUGCGUUGAGACGAGGCCUGAAGCACUCCACCACCGACCCCCUCUUGACCCCUCAGCCCUGGGAAGGCCUGAUGAAACCAUCUCCCUUGCUCCCAAAGCCUUCCCUCGUAGCGCUUGCCUUUCCCUUACAAGUCACGUUCCGUACUUUUCCUUCCUCCUACGUAAUGUCCACACCAUCCGCUUCCUUCAUGACGUUUCUGCUCCCUUAGGUUUUCACAAAAUCGAGACCUUCCCAUUUGUCGCGUUUUUUCCCCCGACCGUUUCCCUCUCCGUAAAGUCUUCCUUCCUUCCGCAUUUCUUUUCCCUACAUCUCAGCUUAUAACUUUUCGACAGGCCUUCCCGGGUCCCAUUGCUAUAAUAUUCUUUUUUUUUUUUUUCUAUUCGUUCUUGUGACAGGAAAGAACAGAUAUCCAAAAAAAAAAAAUAAAAAAAAGUUAAUCUAUACUAUGGAUUUCUGUUAUUUUUCUAACUUUUCUUGCCCAGUGUUACAUAGAAAUAUUCCCUUAUGAUUUAUUUUUUUUUUUUACUAUUUGCUAUUUAAUCUAGUUCAUAUCAUUAGCAUCCAUAUAGGGUCUUUCUUUAAAUUUUUCGUGUGAUGUUGGUUAUUUGUUUUUCUUCUUCGUUUAUUGUUAUUCACGCUGCUGCUGCCGCUGUUGUUGGGGUGUGGGCGUGAUGCAGGGGAUGUGUGGGGGUCCUGCUUACUCGGUUUGUUUGUCUGGGGAACAGCUUAAGCUUUAGCAUGAUGGUAUGAGAUACUGAGACGUGGAGGCGAUGAGUUAGCGAUACAAUUAACCCGGCGUGUGUGUGUGUGUGUGUGUGUGUGUGUGUGUGAGAGAGAGAGAGAGAGAGAGAGAGAGAGAGAGAGAGAGAGAGAGAGAGAGAGAGAGAGAGAGAGAGAGAGAGAGAGAGAGAGAGAGAGAGAGAGAGAGAGAAUGCCCAACAUUUUACUUUUUUUUUUACAUUUUUUUUCCUUCAGUCAUAAUAAAAGCAAAAACAUAUCAAAGUUGAGAUGAUUUCAUUAUACGUUUAAUUUCCAUCAUUUCUAGUCAGGCCAUCGUGCUAUGAAGAAUAAAAUGAAAAAAAGAGCGAAAAAAAAAGAGCAACAGUGUAUUUUAUGGAAAGGCGCCAGACCACAAACUGCAAAUAGAGAGAUAAGUCAAACAUAGAGAAUAAUGAAAAAAGUGAGUGAGUACUGGGUAUGAUUGGGUAUGGGUGGGAACAGUUUAGUAUAGAUGGGAUAACGUGUGACAUGGGUAUGGUGUGGGUGUGGCGUGGGUGGGAGUUGUGUUAGGUAUUUACGUGUGCAUGGAUGUGUGUGGGGUGUAGGUAUAUCCAAGUGUUAGGUAACGUACAGGUGUGUGGGAAGCGUCAUUCGUCAGCAGGUGUCUUAAUUAAAAUUUUGGGUCAUCAGGGAGAAAGUCUGUCCUUGUGAUAAUGGUAAGUGGGCCGGAUAUAACAUCAGGUACUAUACAUAUAUACAUACUAAAUACAUAGUGCAUAAAUCCAUAUAUAAAUACAAUGACUCUGUAUAGCUGUGGUGUUCUACUAUAUACCCGUCUUGGACUGGGCUGGCGGUGUAUACAGUGGUGCCGCCCCGUAACAACUGUGAAGCUGUGAUUGUUUAAAGAAAAAUAUAUAUACCUACGUACUCCUAUAAAGAAUAUAAAUCAAGGCUGUGAGGGGACGACGCCAUCUCCUGCCUGCACUGCUUCCUGAUUGGCUAAUCCACCUGCGAGGAAUAACCAAUCACUGAAGGUUUAGUUUUAUUAGGGUUUUUUUUUCUUUUUUUAAUCUCUUGCUUUAUUUUUUCUUCUUUUGCUGACUGGCUAGUUUGAUCUAUCUAGAAAUAGCCAAUUAGUGAACGAGUAUGAAUUACUGGUUAAGUAAUUAUUAUUACUAUUAUUGCUAUUAUUAUUAUCAUCAUUAUUAUUAUUACUAUUAUUAUACCAUUACUUCUUUUUCUAUGCUUAUAGUUUUUCUUACUUUAUUUUUUUUCUGACGAUUUGCAAUGCACUAUUUGACCCGAGUGUGUGUGUGUGUGUGUGUGUGUGUGUGUGUGUGUGUGUGUGUGUGUGUGUGUGUGUGUGUGUGUGUGUGUGUGUGUGCAUCAAGGUUUUCGUUCAGCGGUCAUCAUCAUGGCGUAGCAAGCAAUAACAACCCUUUGAUAUCAAACCUUAAGAGUGACCUAACCUUACCUUGCUAUCUAUCUGGUCACCAGGUUAUAUAAUAAUACAUAAUAACAUAUAAUAAUGUAAUAUAUCAAUUGUUUUCUUACUUGGUUCAGAUUGAGAGAUUAGACUAACGUACGUGUGUGUGUGUGUGUGUGUGUGUGUGUGUGUGUGUGUGUGUGUGUGUGUGUGUGUGUGUGUGUGUGUGUGUGUGUGUGUGUGUGUGUGUGUGUGUGUGUGUGUGUGUGUGUGUGUGUGUGUGUGUUGUUUGUUGACCACUGUAUUACCAAGCUGUUAUUUUUUUCUCUCAAUGUAUUACAGCUUUAAUGAACAUCAAUUUGAAAGAGGAAGAAAGAUAGAUAACCCUACUUCAUUUAUUCAUUAUUAUUAUUAUUAUUAUUAUUAUCAUUAUUAUUAUUAUUAUUAUCAUCCUUACUCUAGUUAUGGGUGUUGUUAUUGUGAUGGUUGUUGCAGGUGUUGUCAUUGUUGUUAUCCUCCCUGGUGCUGCUCUGGUUGAGUUCAUUUUAUUUGCGCUUGUUUCAGUGUAUAUGCCUUACUUAUUAACAUCACUAGUAUUACUUUAUUCUUAUUAGUAUUACUUUACUUACUAACAUCACCAUAAGUUCCCAGUAUCUGAUUUCCUUACGAUGUUUGUAACUUUUAGGAGUUUUCUGUGGCUUUUUUUUUUUUUUUCUUCUUUUGGCUGCUCGUCAUGGCCCUCCUUCCCUCCCUCGUGCUCACUGUGACAGCCCACCGACCCUCCCUACCACUGACGCGCCCAACCCCGCCCUCCGUUGCCAACACUGAUGCCUUUCAUGGUGACGAGGAUUCUCUUCACUCCUCCUCCCUUUUGAAAUUCUCUCCCCCAACACAGGCGCCCAACUCUCAAUGUCUCUGUCUCGCUCACCGUGCCCCUGAUUCUCCGCCUGGUGCCCGCUGCUCACUCGCUCACUCCCCCCAACAAGACCAUUUAGGCGCCCAUGCAUGUGUCUCUGUAUACCGUUUGAUUCUCUCUUGUUUCUGUCUCUUAUGCUUCUCCUUGCCAGUUAAAGGCGCCCAAAAAUGUGUUUCUGUCUCCGUCUCUGUUUCUAUCUCUCAUUUUCUUUGUCUAUGUGUCUGUGUCUCAUCCUCCAGGCGCCCUGACUCGAUUCUUAUCUCAUUUUGUGUACUGAUGGUGCUUCCUCCCUCCUACCUUGCUCAGUCCACCGAGAACUCAGCGCCCCGCCAGUGUCUCUUGGGUCUUUGUAGCUCAUUUUGUCUCCCUACAGUGAUUCUUUCCUUACCUACAUACCUCUAGGCGCCCCUCCAUUCCUCCCUCUCUCUGUAUCCUUAACCUCAUUCCUUCCCUUGCCUCGUGUCAUGCUUCCUCCCCUGCCUCGGUCAUCUGGACUUUAUCUACCUGUUUCUUUAAGUUAUUGGGUAUUCAGGAUGUGUCUGCUGUUCUUUUUAGUCACUCUCAUCGCCCGUUUUUUAAUGUACAAAUCUGUGUUGUUGUUUUGUUCUUGUAUAGCUAUGUAGGUGAUUGUCUUUGCCAGUACAAGUUAUUAUUAAUUCAAAGUCUCAUGCAUUACCAAGUCUAUGCAGUCACUCAAGUGGAUUUGUUUUCUCUAUAUUCUUUCUUUUUCACCUUGUUCUUUCUUUUAAAACUUGUUACCCCUGACAGUUAUCCGUCCUUGUUCGUGUAUUUCUUUUUUAUUUCCUCUAUUUUUUUUCCUUUUAUACUUCACACCGUCAUACUUGUGGCCAUAAUAAGUUGCACGGGAGGGCCAUGACGACUGCCUUUAGUUACUGAUCAUCUACUAAUUAAUCGAGGAGCCAUAAACAUUUAUCUUUAUCGUUAUUAUUAUUACUAUACUUUUUUUUUAACUAUAUUUUCUUAGAAAUAACUGGAAAGGAAUCAAUUACAUACUGCUGCUUACGACGAUAAUGUGUGUGUGUGUGUGUGUGUGUGUGUGUGUGUGUGUGUGUGUGUGUGUGUGUGUGUGUGUGUGUGUGUGUGUGUGUGUGUUUGUUUUAUGGGAGACACUGGAAUGGAUUAAUGUGAUGGGAGGGAGAGGUCAUGUUCGUAAGUGUGAGUGAUGGGUUAUGAGAGAAUGAAAAGGGGUGACGCAUAAAGGGUGGUGUGGUAAGAUACUGUUUACUAAGGUAGGAUGAAAGGGCGCCAGAUAUCAGGGUAAGGGGAUGGUGUGGGCAGCAAGCACACCCGAGGAAAUGACACAAAAAAAGUCAGAUUCACACAACUAACACAAAGCAAAGUAACGUAACACCGAACAAAGUAAAUCUACAAACACAAACGGAAACAUAGGUAGACUGAUUCCAUCAUAAAAAAAAAAGACAAAUUUUCACCACCAUAACAUCGAACUAAGUAGAUCUACGAAAACAUACAAAUAAUAAACAAGACAAAGGAUAGAUAGACUGACAGUUACUUUACCACCAACGGAAAAGAGAGAGAGAGAAAAAAAAAAAGCGAAAGAAUCACGUUUCAGUGCAAUAUAAACACACUCGUGCUACAGAGAAACACGUGCCAAUUGCGAAAAAAGAAAAUUACAUUAGCAACGUACCCUCGUCCCGGAUCCCUCCCCUCGGGUUCUGGCCAGCCGAUGGGGGGAAACUGGCGAGGGUGAGGUGAGGAAAAGAAAGAAGAAAAAAGAGAGCGGAAGAAGAAAAGAAAAAAAAAAUGCACGUGUAUAAAUAAGAGCCUCGAGUUGGACUAUCUCACAGACUUUACUUGUCGGAGAAGCAUUUAGGUGUGUUAUUAAGGGAGCUUGAAACUGUCCACACAAGACAUUCCUCGGUAAAUGUAACCAAAGAGGCGCAGUGGUGCGUGUGAGGAUGUGAGUUAGCGUGCCUGUCACCUGCCACGUGUGUGUGUGUGUGUGUGUGUGUGUGUGUGUGUGUGUGUGUGUGUGUGUGGAGGAGAAUGGCGACUUACAAAAGCUGUGCCAAAGACCUCAGUGCCCCCGGAAGAAAGAAAAGAAAAAGAGUAAGAAAGUGAGAGGGAAGAAACUAAAAAAAAAGAGGAGAUAGACAGAAGUAUGGGAAAAAAGAGAAAGAAAAAAGGAGAACGACACAAAAGAAACAAAGAAACGCAUAAUCAAAAAGCGAGAAAAAGAAAAUAAAAAAAAAGAAAAGAAAAUCACAUUCAACAAUCAUGUAUUAAUAAUCAGUAUUACCUCGUAGUAUGUUUCAGUAUAGUGUAAAUCCAAUGCAAAGCUAGAAACGCCACCACCUCUUGUUGAUAUCAGGGGAAGGAGAAAAACGGCUGUAUUACUUCGUCAGUAUAAGGGACCAAAGAAAAUUUAAACAGUUGCGAAGGAGGAAGAAAGUAUAGCAGGAUGUUUUUGUUAGCAAGAAAAUGAUAAUACUAUUUUAUUCAGCAUUAUGUGGUGUUUUAAUGAUUUUUUAUUCAUACAUAAGUGCAAAUGAAAGGUGCUAAUGCGAAGGAAGAGAUUAAUUAGUGUAUACAAUUUUUUUUUCCCCAGUUUGUGUGUGUGUGUGUGUGUGUGUGUGUGUGUGUGUGUGUGUGUGUGUGUGUGUGUGUGUGUGUGUGUGUGUGUGUGUGUGUGUGUGUGUUUCCUUGACACGAGCACUUUUUUUUGGUUUUGAAUUAUCAUUUGAGUUACGGAAAACAUAUGCAGAAUUAUAUAUAGUUUAGUGCCAGCAACAUCAACAACAACAACAUUAAAGGCUUUUCAGAGUACCAGCUGCAGCGAUACAAUAAUAAGGUGAUUACAAACAGCCUGGAAAAAAAAAAAUGCUGCAUGCUGCUAACUAUAAUAAAUAAAAACAACGCCUGCAAGUAAAAAUAAGUGAACGGUUUUACUAGGAAGAACACGGAAAUAAAUGGAAAACGAAAACUUUGAUAACACACAGGAAUAAUACGAAUGGUGAAAGAAAAAUACGACAAAAAGCGAGAAGAAAAAUGUUCACUACCAGAAUAAAAGUAACUGAAAAAAAUAGUACUACCAUUUGACUUCACGUGGAACUACAGAAAAAAGAGAAAAAGAAAAAGAACAUGAGUGUCAAAAAAAUACAGCCAAAAAAAAAAAAAAACAAAGAAAAAGCGAACCUAAAAAGCUCGGCACCAGAAUAACAGUACCUCAAAAAAUUAGUACCAUAAUUAGACUUACCGUGAAAUUAUUGAAAGAGUGAAGAAAGAAAGAAAGAAAAAACACCGGCAUUGAUUAAUAGAGAAGAAAAAAAUAUACCCUCAAAAAACAAGUGUUCAAAAAAAAAGGAUAGAAAAAAUUACGGAGUGUGAAUGCCAGAAAAAAAAAAAAAGGUUUUGCUUUGAUGGUAGUUGUUGCUCAAAAAGAAAGAAAGAAAGAAAGAAAAGGAAAUAGAAAAUCGUAUGAAAAUGAAGGAAUAGAGAGAGAGAGAGAGAGAGAGAGAGAGAGAGAGAGAGAGAGAGAGAGAGAGAGAGAGAGAGAGAGAGAAAUCAGAGUUGGUCGAUAUCUCUAAGAAGGCAGGUGGUGAUUCACGUUGUUUCCUGGAAGACAUGACUAAAGGUUCGCACUGAAAGAUUAAAGCCUCCCGCAAAGACGAUAAAGCAACGGAUUUAGCACGACACACACCCGCCACAAGGAGCGAUACAUAGAGCUGGAUAAAGCCACAGAUGAUACAUUGAUGAUACAUAAAGGCAAACACAGGCAAAACGCUAUUAAAAGUGCUACAUCAAGUUGGAUAGAAGGAAAUCAAUAGACUUUUCAGCCACUAGAAGAGGUACACCGUGCUGGAUUAAGCCGUUUAAGAUGAGACACACACACUAUCCGUUAGAAGACUUAUAUCGUGCUGGAUAAAGCCAAAUAAAAUUCAUAAAGCAAAUUAAGACACAUUUCAGCCAAUAGGAGAGUUACACCGUGCUGGAUAAAGCCAUCUAAGACCCGUAAAGGUAAUUAGACACACACACUAUCUGUUAGAAGAGUUACACCGUGGUGGAUAAAGCCGAAUAAGACUUUAAAAAACUAAUCAGACAGAUGCCAGCCAUUUGGAGUCAUACCGUGCUGGAUAAACCCGUUUAAGACCUAUAAAGCUAAUCAUACACAUACACUAUCCGUUAGAAGCGUUACACCAUGAUGGAUAAAGCCAGUUAAGAAUGAUAAAGCUAAUCAGACAUAUACCAGCCAUUUGGAGAAUUACACCGUGCUGGAUAAAGCCAAAUAAGAUUCAUAAAGCUAAUCAGACACACACUAUCCGUUAGAAGAGUUACACCAUGCUGGAUAAAGCCGUUUAAAAUACAUAAGGCUAAUCAGACACACACACACUGUCAGUUAGAAGAGUUACAGUGUGCUGGAUGAAGCUAAACAUGACUCGUAAAGGUAAUCAGACACACACCAGCCACUGGGAGAGUUACACCGUGCUGGAUAAAGCCAAAUGAAAAACAUAAAGCUGGAAACAUUUAAGCCAGCCUAAAAGCGUUACAUCGAGCUGGGUUAUAAAGCCAAAUCACACAUGAGACAUAAGCCAGCCAUUAGGAGCGUUAUAUCGAGCUGGAUAAAGCCAAUUAAGACAUAUAAAACCAAAUCAGAGACACACCAGUCACAAGGAGCAAUACAGAGACGGAUAAAGCCAGUUAAGACGUAAAGCCACUAGAACCAUUACAUCUGGGUGGAUACAACUAGUUAAGACAUAAAUCCAAUGAAAGCACACUAGUUAUUAGGAGUGUUAUAUCGAGGUAGUUGGAUAUAAAGACAGAUCAUGUAAACAAAGCCAAUUCAAACAUAAAUAAGUCACUUGGAGCGUUACAACAAGCUGGAUAAAACUAUUUAAGACACAUAACAGCCAUUAGGAGUAUUACAACGAGCUGGAUAAAGCCAAUCAAGACAUAUAGGAAGCCAAUUAGGAGUGUUACAACGAGUUGGAUAAAGCCAUUUAAGACAUAAAUCCUGUCAGACCAGUCACAAGGAGUAGAUUAAGAUACAUAAAGCCACAUGAAGCGUUACAUCAAGCUAAAUAAAGCUAACUCAGACACAUGCCAGCCAUUAGGAGUAUUACAUCGUGCUGUAUAAAGCUAAUUAAGACGUAAAACCACGUAUAGUAUAACAUCGAAAUGGAGAAAACUAUAAGGACGCUUAAAUUCAAAUCAGACACAUGCCAGCCAAUAGGAGAGUUACGAUGAAAUGGGUAAAGCCAAUUGAGACAUAUAAAGCAAGAGGAAACGUUACAUCGAGCUGGAUAAAGGAUUAAGUUAUUUACAGCAAG